AUUAUUCAGUCAGUACAAUUUCUAUAUCGCGAAACAGCUGAUUGGUGACCGUGUUCAUGUUGCAUAAAUAAUUAUUUAAAUUAUUGGAGGAGUAGGAAUUGGUUUAAUAAAGAAAAUGGAUGUGGUAGGUCUUUUAAAUAACAUAAAUGAUAAGACUGAUAUGUUUGCCGUUAAAACAUGGACUUCAGAAUGGACAAAUAGUUUUCAAGACAAUCAAGUGCUGUGGUCGUUCUGUGGCUGUUUGUUGGUUUCAGUUUUAGUCGUUUUUUUCUAUUAUUACAAAAGAUGGAAAUCAAAAGAGCCGGCUGGAGGCGCUGGGGCCACGGCUGCCGGGGAACCGGCGAAACGGUUCCGGAAACGCGACAAGAUGUUAUUUUAUGGCAGACGUAUGUUACGGAAGGUGAAGUCCAUAUCCAAUUCCGGGCAGGGAAGGAAGCGGCGCGCCGUCAUGAGGUUCGCCAGGAAGUUGCUGCAGCUGAAGAAAGAAUCAGCUCCUGAACAAUUGAAGGUCCUGGAACCCCCAGCGGAAUAUCUCGAAGAGGACUUGACGAAUGAUGAUCGAGUCCCGCCGGAUGCUCUCUACAUGCUGCACAGCAUACGAGUGUUCGGACACUUCGAGAAGCCAGUCUUCCUCAUGCUCUGUAAACAUACAGAGAUAUUGAACCUGCCUGCUGGAUCUUUCCUCUUUAAAGUUGGUGACACAGAUGAGAACGUGUACGUGGUUCAGAACGGCCGUGUGAACGUUUACAUCACCAACCCUGAUGGCAGCAGUCUGUCGCUGAAGAUCGUCCGCGCCGGUGAGAGCGUCACCUCGCUCCUGAGUUUCACCGACGUGCUCACGGGUCACUCUCAGCCAUACAAAACAGUGAAUGCGAAGGCCCUAGAAGAUUCCCAAGUCAUUAAGUUACCAAUGAGGGCUUUCCAAGAGGUCUUCAAGGAGUAUCCAGACAUAUUUGUCAGAGUUAUACAGAUAAUUAUGGUGCGCCUCCAGAGAGUGACCUUCACAGCUCUCCACCAGUACCUGGGUCUCAGUGCUGAGUUGGUGAAUCCCGGUCGUGAGAAACGCCGACCGGCCACAGCUCCUACGUCUUCACCAGCCAAGGUCAGGGUUGACAACACCCUGAACUCGCCGCACCAUGAGAAGAUCGAAUUGGUGGAGGGAUCUCAAGCCUCCUCUCCCAUCCACAUCCCCACCCGGAAGCGACCCGACAUGGUACCGGAUGUAACAUCCAACACGCCCCAAAAUACAACGCAGCUUCAACCGGACGUGCAACCAACAUCAUCGUUCCAAAGAUCAAAAGAGGGCUCCUUUAAGAAACCAAAUACUGACAAUUUGGAUGAGCAGGCUCUCAUAAAGAUUGCAUCAGAGGCUUUCGUGAAGGAAUUGGGUUUAGACAAUGAUCAGAUACUGAAAGGGAAUGUUCAAGUCAGAGAUCUCCCGGCUGGGACUUACAUCAUGAAGGAGGAAAGUCACAAGCUGUAUUACAGUAUCGCUGGCGAACCGGAGAUAGUGCAGGAUGUAGCGUUAGUGUAUCUAUUGUCAGGCGCUCUGUUGGUGUCACAACGUGUGGCCGAGGGGGAGGGGGAGGUCCAUAUGUUCACCGCAUAUCCAGGUGAAGUGGAAGGCGGCCUGGCGGUGCUGACGGGGGAGCCGAGCUUCUUUUCAAUACGAGCAAAGCAUUUCUCUCGCAUCGGUCUGUUGUCUAAGACAACGGUGUAUAGUAUUAUGAGAGAACGCCCGUCCGUAGUACUUCACAUAGCUAACACGGUAGUCAGAAGACUAUCGCCUUUCGUUAGACAAGUGGAUUUCGCCUUGGACUGGGUGUUCCUGGAAUCAGGUCGGGCUGUGUACCGCCAGGACGAGGAAUCCGGCUCAACGUUCAUAGUACUCAGCGGACGACUUCGAUCAGUCAUCACGCAUCCCAAUGGAAAGAAGGAACUAGUUGGGGAAUACGGCAAGGGCGAUUUAGUUGGCAUUGUAGAGAUGGUGACUCAAACCCGUCGCAGUACGACCGUCAUGGCGGUGAGGGACUCCGAGCUCGCUAAACUCCCUGAAGGACUGUUCAACGCUAUCAAGCUGCGGUUCCCCGUCGUGGUGACGCGACUGAUCAAUUUAUUGGGUCACAGAAUUCUAGGAUCCUGGCAGAAGCCCACCCGCGGUCUGGGCACUGCUGCUAUCGAGAGUCGCCCAUCUCAACACAACUUCUCAACGGUGGCCGUGGUGCCUGUCAGUGACGACGUGCCGCUCACAGCAUUCACUUACGAGCUAUAUCACUCACUGUGCGCUAUCGGUCCGACGGUUCGUUUGACGUCUGACGUCAUCCGAAAACUUUUGGGUUUGACCAUAAUGGAUCCGAACAACGAGUAUCGUCUCAGCUCCUGGCUCGCACAACAAGAGGACAAGCACAAAGUAGCGUUAUAUCAAUGUGACCCAAGUCUCACUCAGUGGACCCAGCGAUGCAUUCGACAAGCAGAUUGUAUAUUGAUAGUAGCUCUUGGAGAUAAGCAACCCAGUAUCGGCAAAAUUGAGAAAGAGAUCGAGCGGCUAGCCAUCCGUACUCAGAAGGAGCUAGUAUUGCUACAUCGUGAGGGAGGUCCCAACCCAUCGGGGACUGUGCACUGGCUGAACAUGAGGUCAUGGGUGAGCCAGCACCAUCACGUCCGCUGCCCCCACAGAAUGUUCACCAGGAAGAGCCAGUAUAGAAUUAGUGAGCUGUACAGUAAAGUUCUGAUGUCGGAGGCCAGCGUGCAUUCAGAUUUCUCUCGACUUGCUCGCUGGCUGACUGCCACUGCUGUAGGACUAGUGCUCGGAGGGGGCGGAGCCCGGGGCGCCGCACACGUCGGAAUGAUAAGAGCCAUACAGGAGGCCGGCAUUCCCAUAGACAUGGUGGGUGGAGUCAGCAUUGGCGCUUUCAUGGGGGCGUUGUGGUGUAUGGACAGGAAUAUAACCACGGUGACACAGAAAGCUAGGGAGUGGUCCACGAAAAUGACGCAAUGGGGUAAGCAGCUCUUGGACCUGACAUACCCGGCGACCUCUAUGUUCUCCGGCAAGCAGUUCAACACAACCAUAAGGACCACCUUCGGAGAGGUCCACAUCGAGGACCUCUGGCUGCCGUACUUCACAGUCACUACAGACAUUAGUUCCAGUUGUAUGAGGAUUCAUAGACACGGUUCACUAUGGCGUUACAUACGCGCCUCGAUGUCUUUGAGCGGGUACAUGCCCCCACUCUGCGACCCCGUAGACGGCCACCUCCUAUUGGACGGCGGUUACGUCAACAACCUCCCAGCUGAUGUGAUGAGAUCACUCGGCGCCAAACACAUUCUGGCGAUAGACGUUGGUUCUCAAGAUGACACGGAUCUCACCAAUUACGGUGACGACUUGUCCGGGUGGUGGUUGCUUUGGAAACGGUGGAAUCCAUUCACGACACCGGUGAAGGUUCCCAAUCUUCCUGACAUUCAGAGCAGACUCGCCUACGUGUCCUGCAAUCGACAGCUGGAAGAAGUCAAGAAAUCCGAUUACUGCGAAUACAUACGUCCGCCCAUAGACGCGUAUAAGACGCUGCAGUUCGGAUCGUUCGAUGAGAUCCGCGAGGUCGGCUACCGGCAUGGAUCGGCGUACUUCGAGGGCCAGAGACGUGGCGGCGGAGGCGGCGUCAGUGGUGCUGCUGCUGAGGGCAGGAAACACUCCGCACAGCCGGCCUUGACUGAUUACACGUUCACGGAUCUGGCGCAAAUGGUGUGCUCAGUGAGGACAGCGCGAGACGACAACGACACCAGCUCGGAGUCCGACUACGAGGAUCAGAGACACUUCGAGGGAUACGCCUCCGAGCCCAGCGGCGGGAUACUAGAGAUGUCUUCCAGCGUUGAGGACGGCAACGCCUGGAUCAGCGACACGGAACUGGUGGGCACAUAUUGAGCACGAGACGCAUUAGUUUGGGAGGGUCUCAGGACCCGCCGUGUUGGAGGAUCGCUCUCGCUAUCGGAGGACGAAGUGGACUCUGAGGCCGAGAUCUACGAGCCGAUGAACAAACGGAUCAGAUGAGACCCAACCAUGCACGACCUGUGCAAGGCGCUCUACAAGUACGCCCGAUCUAGCGAGAUUUGAACGUGUGUCAAUAGAUUCGAGCGGAUUUGGAUACAUUUGAGUGGAUUUGAAUAGAUUUGAGCAGAUUUGAGUGGAUUUGAACAGAUUUGAAAAGUGUACAUAAACUCUUUUUGUAGUGGUAGCCGAUAUCCAUUGUGAAAUCUUGAAACGAAACUUUCAAAGCAAUAAAAAUAUUGAGUGAAAUUAUUAUUAAUGUUAUAAAAACAACUCCUAUUAUAAAUGGGAGGGUAGCUAAGAGCAAGUUUAAUACACUCUAGUGAUUUAUCUAAUUUAUCUAACAAAUAUUUGUGAGACUAUGUCUUGCCAAAUCGACUAUACAUAGUUUGUAGAAAUGCUCAAGAUGCACAAUAAUAGAUGAGAAACUAGUAAGAUUACCUUAGCUUGUUGUAUGAAUGUUAGACUUAUUUAGUGAUACAUGUUCCAAAGAAAACUGUGAUUUGUUAAACGCUGUACAUAGCUGGAUAACAUGAUUUGUGGCUCCCUCUAUGUUAUUGUAGUCGCUUUACUUGGUUUAAAUGAAUAUGAUAAAGACAUUAAAUGCACAAAUCUGGUUAAGAACUUAGUUUAAAUCGUAUUAUGUAAGUGCCAUGUACCUUAGGUAUAAAAGCAAUCAGUACUUAGAAUGCUGAGUAAAGUAAUGGCAAUAGUAUUUUAUGUACUUAUUCAUAUGAAGCGGUAUGUAUGGUCGCUUAAAGUUAUCACUGUGAUAACUAAGUCAUUCAGUUUACAGUGAAAUUUUUCUAAAUCUUACGGCACAAGAUGCUAUUUUUUUUAAAUAGUUUUCAUUUUUGAUAUAAUUUCUUAAUACUCGGAUUGUUCUUCUUUCAGUAACAAAAUACAGUAUUGUAAUUUUCUUGGUUAAAAUGUACGAUCUAUGACUGAAGUAGCUAUAAGGUUGCCAACGACGGCACAAAAAUGUAGCAUGUUCAUGUAACUCAAUGUCCUAUUAAUAAAAUUAAUAAUACAA